AUGGUCUUAUUCGUCAAGAAAGAUAAGAGGGAUGAGUUUGAUGUUGAGGCAUUUAUAAGGAACUAUGAAUCGCUUACUCCAAAGCGGUAUACCUAUGCAAACGUCAAGAAAAUGACAGACUCUUUCAAAGAUAAAAUAGGUAAAGGUGGAUACGGAACUGUGUACAAAGGCAGGCUACCUGAUGGCCUUCUCGUGGCAGUCAAAGUCCUAAGCGAGUCCAAGGGUAAUGGAGAAGACUUUAUUAAUGAAGUUGCUAGCAUUGGUAGAACCUCCCAUGUCAACAUAGUCACUCUUUCUGGAUUCUGUUACGAGCGGGGCAAAAGAGCUUUGAUUUAUGAGUUCAUGCCUAAUGGAUCUCUGGAUAAUUUCAUACAUAAGUACGGAUCUGAAAUGGCAAAUUUUCGAUUAGAAUGGAAAACGCUAUCUGAAAUUGCAGUUGGUAUUGCGCGAGGACUAGAAUACUUACACCGUGGAUGUAACACAAGAAUUUUGCAUUUUGACAUAAAGCCACAGAACAUUCUUCUCGACAAAGAUUUUCACCCAAAAGUCUCUGAUUUUGGCCUUGCCAAAUUAUGCAAAACGAAGGACAGUAUUGUAUCGAUGAUGGGGACAAGAGGAACUGCAGGAUACAUUGCACCAGAAUUGUUUAGCCGGAACUUUGGUGGAGUAUCUCACAAAUCUGAUGUUUACAGCUACGGUAUGUUGGUUCUUGAAAUGGUUGGAGCAAAAAACAAUUUGGAUUCGGGAGUGUCUCAUACGAGUGAAAUGUUUCCACAUUAUGUUUAUAAAGAUCUAGAGCUAGAAAAGGAUGAAAAUGCAUUUGGGGCAAUCACAGAGGAGGAAAAAGAAAUAGCAACAAAGAUGGUAUUAAUAAGUCUGUGGUGCAUUCAGACCAUUCCUUCUGAUCGGCCAUCAAUGAGCAAAGUUGUAGAGAUGUUGGAAGGACCCCUUCAUUCCUUGCGAAUUGCACCCAAACCUUUCUUGUUUUCUCCUACAAUAGCUGCAGAAGACUCUACAACUACAACUAGUGGCGGAUCCACCAUGGGGCCAAUGGUGUCAGACGGCCCCAUGGCAGCCCUGGAAAUGGCUUCGAGGUCCAAUGUUGGCCUUGGCAACCAUGGGAGACGACCCCAUGGAGAAGAAGACAUAUAUGCUAAUAUUCUUCUAAUCCAAACUGCUUCACAUGUUGCACUUGUGGCUGAAAUAUAUUCUGCUUCGGCUGUUGAUAAUGCCACUGUACUUUGCUUCUUCGAUGACCAUGAUAUAACUUUUCUUCCCAAGAAAAAGACAUGCUCAGAUGUGCUUCUUCUAUCAUCAAUUGCACCAGCCCAAUCACUGUCUGUGAACCCAACUAAAAUGGUUUCUUUCUCUUGUUGA